AUGCCAAGCCCACCCCCUGACGAUUCAGCGAGAGAAGCAGAAGCAGAGUUUCCAGGCAUUCCUUCCACCCAAGACUGGCGCGAAGAUUUCCCCGCAACACAGUUUCCUCAAUCCAGGCCUCGAAAUGCCUAUAUUACCCCCGAGACCUCCUUCACCGUUCCUUCGGACGAGACCGAGGUUGAUGGCUUCGAUCUCCAGGUAUUGGUAGAUGUGCCUGUGCCCCAGACUCCAGCCAGGGCGUUGAAUGAGUCGCAACGAAUGCCACCAACGCCUAUGUCUGUCACGAAAGGCAGCUCGUGCUACGAGAAGGUUCAUAGUCUCGUCACCAACUCUACUGUCAGAGCGAGCGACAAGCUUAAGGACGCUUCUACUGUUGUGUCGCAAACACUUCAAGCAUCACCCAGCCGCCCAGUGACCAAAACGACGGUCAAGUCUGAGGAGGCUAGUGUGCCUCGUCGAAGAAGGCGGCGCCCUAAAAAACGCAGUCGUGCUCAACAGCCGUGCUCACAGACUUUACAGAGUAAUGCAAAAGAUACGGCGCCCGCGACACAUCCCUCCUCUACUCCCGAACCUUGGCCCCUCCCCUUCCCCUUAGCUGAUAAGGGCAUCUACCCAUACCUGCCACCAGCCAAACAGUUCGAUCAGAUGGUCAAAUUCACUUCUGCAACCGAAGAGCACAUCGACAAGUGGAAUAUUCACGAGGAUACAUACCCAAUCCCACUCUUGCGUCAAGUGCUAAGUGUGCAGGAAUGCGUCCACAUGGGUCUCUAUGUACAGUUAGAAUAUAUGGAUAAGAUGCUUGGAGAAUUGGAGAAGUCAAUGAAGCCUGAAACCGCUAAAGAGCGAGCACGAAAGGGGAAAAGGGGAGACAAGUACCAGAAGAUCACGCCGCGGAUGCUGGAGAAGAUAAGAUUCAUGCGCUCGAUAACAAGACAGCACCAAGUCUGCUAUUACGAAAGUCGCAUUCCUACCAGACCAAAUCUAAGGAAUCCCAAAGAUUGA